UGCAGAGAUAAAGAUCAAGGGAGCCUCCCAGCUUAAACCCAUUGCUUAAUUCUGCUCCCCAAAAUAAAAUGGGGAUAUCUUAUUCUUAUGACACAAAAUCCCGUCAAAUUUGUCCAUCCCUUUCCCUUUGAAGUGCCCUUUUUUAAUAAAGGGAUGGAUAAAUUUGUUAUGAAGCACCUUAUUAGAAGAUUCGUAAAUCAAUUUGGAAUGACAUAUACAUCACAUAUAUUAGAUCAACUGAAGAUUUUAGGUUUCCAGCAAGCUACUGACGCAGCUAUUUCAUUAGGAAUUGAUGAUCUUUUAACAACACCAUCUAAAGCAUGGCUUAUCCAAGAUGUGCAACAACGAGGGUUUGCUUCAGAAAGACAUCAUGAUUAUGGGAAUGUACAUGCAGUAGAAAAAUUACGUCAAUUGAUUGAGGUAUGGCAUGCUACCAGUGAAUAUUUGAAACGAGAAAUGAAUCCGAAUUUUAGGAUGACUGAUCCUCUUAAUCCAGUACAUAUGAUGUCCUUUUUAGGAGCUAGAGGAAGUACAUCCCAGGUUCACCAAUUAGUAGGUAUGAGAGGAUUAAUGUCAGAUCCUCGAGGAAAAUUUGUUGAUCUACCCAUUCAAGGGAAUUUCCGCGAAGGACUUUCUUUAACGGAAUAUAUUAUUUCAUGUUACGGUGCUCGUAAAGGAGUUGUGGAUACUUCUGUAUGUAAGAGAGGGAAAAGUGACACAUGA